GCCAGUUCUUGUCAUGUUUUCAGAGCAACAGCGGUGCUUUUUUACCCUCCCGUGGAACACAAGGCGACAUCACCGCACAGUACUGCCAACGAAGUCUGCGUCUGAGGGUGCUUAAAUUGCCGCGGGAAUAGACUAGUAGGACCGACAACAGUUCAAAAUAUUCGCUCAGUGCCCCCCAGUCGGCGAGAAUAGCUUUCCAGUUCCCCACAUCACACCACAUCCAUGUUGACUGCGGCAGCCUUCGCACUGGGUCCAGGACAACAACCACCACAUCCCCUUUGUUCUUCUGUGGACAAGAUCCGGCUAAACUGUCGCGGCUUGUGGAAGGACCACUGUAUGUUACUAUGUACAUCCCUGCUUGAGUCUGAAGGAUUGUUUACGCGUUAAAAUGGCUGCUGAAAUGGCAGUUGGAAGAGAGUGGUCUUGAAUCAAUGCAGUAACGUUACGUUACCUAGCAGAGGCCAAACUGUAAAUACGCUACACGGGCUAACGAAUUAUGCGUUAGCUAGUAACAGUAGCAAACGAGUUAGCUGCUUAAAUAGCUUUAAAUCGAUGUUCGGCUUUUUUGGUGGGUUCUUCCAACAAGAGGUAGGGUGAAGGGAAUUCCUCCCACUCCAAACCUAUGCAUGCGAUUAAACAAGCAGCUUUUUAAAACACUUACAUUGCUUUUUCUUUGCCAUAUUGUCCAAAGCUUCGUAAACAGGCUUAGCUAAGCCUUAAUUUGAGUAUGCAUAACACUCAACGAAUAUGCAGGACUUCUUUGUUAGGAUAGAAACAGCUUGAGUAGCCGAAGCUUUCUCCCAAAGCAGACCUAAAGGCCGCGGUCUUCUACUCGGCUUGGUCGACCUGGGGGGAAAAAUGGAUCCUGGGGGGAAAUGUAAGACCAAACUCUUUCUUUUUGGACCAAGCCUGGCCACCCACCGCGAUCUGCGGGGCAUCAACAGAUACUUGGUGGUGUAUGUUUUGUUUUACUUUGUGCUGUUCACUCACGCCUCCCCGGCGAAACCGUGUGACAAGAGCUGUCUCUCCGGAAAAUGCAUCAACGGAUCCUGCAUCUGUGAUCGAGGAUGGGUUGGAGACCAGUGCCAGCACUGCCAAGGGAGGUUCAAGUUGACGGAGCCCUCAGGAUACCUCACUGAUGGUCCAAUCAACUACAAGUAUAAAACAAAGUGCACCUGGCUCAUUGAGGGCUAUCUGAAUGCGGUUCUUCGGUUAAGAUUUAACCACUUUGCCACAGAAUGCAGUUGGGACCACAUGUACAUCUAUGAUGGAGACUCAGUAUAUGCUCCUCUGGUUGCUGUUUUCAGCGGCCUCAUCGUGCCGGAGAUACGAGGAAAUGAGACGGUUCCUGAGGUUGAGACGACUUCAGGCUAUACACUACUACACUUUUUCAGCGAUGCUGCCUAUAAUUUGACAGGAUUUGAAAUAUUCUACUCGAUCAACUCUUGUCCCAACAACUGCUCCGGCCAUGGGAAGUGCACGCCUGGUAACUCGGCCGCCAGCAGAGUGUACUGUGAAUGUGACAAGUACUGGAAAGGCGAGGCCUGUGACAUCCCUUACUGCAGGAACAACUGUGGCAGCCCCGACCACGGCUACUGCGACCUCACCGGAGAGAAGCUGUGCGUCUGCAACGACAGCUGGCAAGGCCCCGACUGCUCUCUAACUGUACCCUCAACGGAGUCCUUCUGGGUCCUGCCGAGCGUCAAGCCCUUCGGCACGUCACUCGCCAGAGCUUCCCAUAAGGCCGUGGUGCAGGAAAAGGUCAUGUGGGUGGUGGGCGGGCACACCUUCAACUACAGCUCCUUCCAGAUGAUCCUCAACUACAACCUGGAGAGUGGCAUCUGGAACACAGUUCCCAUCAACAGUGGCCCUGUCCCAAGAUACGGCCACUCACUUGCUGCCUACCAGGAUGAUAUCUAUAUGUUUGGUGGGAAACUGGAAGCCGGCUGGGGGAACGUGACAGACGAGCUGUGGGUGUUCAACAUACCCAGUCGGACGUGGCAGCGGAGAAAUCCUGUGGUUGGCCCACCGGCCCAGGCUCAGAUUUACGCUGUGGAGGGUCACUCAGCCCACUGCGUGGUGCUAGACGGGGGCGAGGCCAUUAUGCUGGUCAUAUUUGGCUACUCCCCCAUCUACAGCUACAUCAGCAACGUUCAGGAGUACAGCCUGAGGUCCAACUCCUGGUUGGUGCCCAAGACCAAAGGCGCCGUUCCUCAGGGAGGUUACGGCCACAGCAGCACGUACGACACUGCCAGCGGUAGUCUGUAUGUCCAUGGAGGCUACAAGGCACUGCCUGCCAGCAAAUACGGCCUUGUUGAUGACCUUUAUCGCUAUGACGUUAACACACGCACAUGGUUCAUUCUGAGAGAGAGCGGCUUUCCGCGGUACCUGCACUCAGCUGCGCUCCUCAGUGGCACCCUGCUCGUCUUUGGUGGCAACACACACAACGACACAUCACUCAGCAAUGGGGCCAAGUGUUUCUCUGCUGACUUCCUUGCCUAUGACAUUGCUUGUGAUGAGUGGAGACUGCUGCCUAAACCAGACCUGCACAGAGAUGUCAACCGCUUUGGUCACUCUGCUGUGGUCAGCAAUGGCUCCAUGUAUGUGUUUGGGGGCUUCGCCGGUGUGCUGCUCAACGAUGUGCUAGUUUACCGACCCCCCAGCUGCCAGGCCUUCUUGGCAGAGGAGGGCUGUGUGAAGGCCGGGCCAGGGGUCCGCUGCAUCUGGAGCAGAGGCCGCUGUCUCCCUUGGGAACCCAGCAUGGCUAAUGGAAGCCUCUUUCCUGCCCCAUUCUGCCCCCCUAAAGCUGUCACAUUGGACGAGUGGUGCUACCGGUUCUCAGACUGUGCCAGCUGUACGGCCAACACCAAUGGGUGCCAGUGGUGUGAUGACAAGAAAUGCAUCUCUGCAUCCAGCAACUGUACCUCUAGCGUGAAGAACUUUACUGAGUGUCCAGUGCGGAACGAGCAUGUGUGCAGCAAGCUUGCCAACUGCAAGAGCUGCUCGCUGAAUCUCAACUGUCAGUGGGACCAGAAUCAGUCAGAGUGCCACGCUUUGCCCGCCCAGCAGUGCAGUGAGGGAUGGAGCCAGGUGGGGGAGGCCUGUCUGAGGAUCAACUCCAGCCGCGAGAGCUACGACAACGCCCAACACUACUGCAAGAACCUCAACGGAAACAUCGCCUCACUCACCACCUCCAAACAAGUGGACUUUGUGCUUGAGGAGCUGAAGAAGCUCCAGCAACAAGACAAGCGGCUGUCUCCCUGGGUGGGCCUGAGGAAAAUCAACGUGUCAUACUGGGGUUGGGAGGACAUGUCCCCCUUCACCAACAGCAGCCUGCGCUGGCUUCCUGGAGAGCCCAGUGACUCUGGUUUCUGUGCCUACCUGGAGGAGCCUCAGGUGUCCGGUCUUCGAGCCAAUCCGUGCACUGCCACUGCCCACGGGCUCAUCUGUGAAAAAGCCACAGGAAACCCCAAUCAGAGUUCCCGUUCAUCCUGUAAGAAGCCUUGCUCGCUGCACACCAACUGUGCCAACUGCACCAGCCAAGCCAUGGAGUGCAUGUGGUGCGGCAGUGCGCAGCGCUGUGUGGACUCCACUGCCUAUGUCAUCUCUUUCCCCUACGGCCAGUGUCUGGAGUGGCAGACUGGAGAUUGUGUGGCUCAGAACUGCUCAGGCCUGCGGACAUGUUCCCAAUGCUUGGAGCAGCCUGAGUGUGGCUGGUGUGGAGAUCCCAGCAGCACGGGGAAGGGCCUGUGCAUGGAGGGCUCUUACCGGGGCCCAAUGAAGAGACCGGCGAAGCAGGGCCAGCAGGGCCAGUCCCAGGAAAUGAGCCUGGAGCCGGGCAGUUGCCCCAAAGACAAGGGCUACGAGUGGGCCUUCGUUCACUGCCCUGCAUGCCAGUGUAAUGGCCACAGCACGUGCGUGAACGGCAGCGUGUGCGAACAGUGCCGUAACCUCACCACUGGUCCCCACUGCCAGACCUGCAUGCCUGGUUACCACGGAGACCCGACCAAUGGCGGCAAAUGUCAGGCCUGUAAGUGUAAUGGUCAUGCAAGUGUGUGCCAGGUGUUAACUGGCAAGUGCUUCUGCACCACCAAAGGGAUCAAAGGAGACCAGUGCCAGCUAUGUGACUCAGAAAACCGUUACCUUGGCAAUCCACUCAGAGGAACCUGUUACUACAAUCUCCUGAUCGACUACCAGUUCACCUUCAGCCUCAUCCAAGAAGAUGAUAAUCACUACACUGCCAUCAACUUCAUGGCCUCACCUGAGCAGGCAAACAAGAACUUGGACAUGUCCAUCAAUGCAUCCAACAACUUCAACCUCAACAUCACCUGGUCGGUGGGAUCAACAGCUGGAACCAUCUCUGGAGAGGAGGUGCCCAUCGUGUCCAAAACUAACAUCAAGGAAUACAGAGACAGUUUCUCCUGUGAGAAGUUCACCUUUAGAAGCAACCCCAACAUUACUUUUUAUGUCUACGUCAGUAACUUCUCAUGGCCCAUCAAGAUCCAGAUCGCCUUCUCCCAGCACAACAGUAUCAUGGACCUUGUCCAGUUCUUUGUGACAUUUUUCAGUUGCUUCCUGUCACUGCUCCUGGUGGCAGCAGUGGUGUGGAAGAUCAAACAGACCUGCUGGGCUUCACGACGGAGAGAACAACUGAUGAGAGAGCGUCAGCAGAUGGCCAGCCGUCCAUUUGCUUCAGUUGCUGUUGCACUGGAUGCCAGGGGAGAGCAAACAGAACUGUUGCAGCCCGUGGUUGACGGUGCACCUAAACCUGUCGCGAUGGAGCCGUGUUCGGGAGGGAAAGCUGCUGUGUUGACCGUCCUCAUGCGUCUGCCGUCUGGGCCCUCAGGCUUACCUCCACCAGGACAGUCAGGACUCAUCGUCGCCAGUGCUCUCAUAGACAUUUCACAGCAGAAACCAACAGACUUUAAGGACAAGUCCCAGGCGCUAAAGAACCGGAAAGCCCUUCCUCCAGCACACCAAGGCACCUGCGUCUGAGUCUCGACCCGGCGCUCCAUUGGCUCCCCUUUUCUACCAUCUGAGGUCAUUGUUCCAACAAGCCGCGGGUCCCAGUUGGAGGCCUUUCCAGAGACCGCACACGGCCACAUGUAGAAGAUUUCAUUCGGCUGCUGACGCUCAAGUUCUCACUGAAACUCCCAAGAGCACAACCCUUCUCUGACCUUUCCUGCCCCUCUGCUCCUCUCUGCAUCAAUCAGCCUCUGGUCCGAUGGUCCGAAAAUCCUUCUCCAGUCUUUGGAACAGCUUCUCCUCCACCUACUGGGCCCACACCCCUCCCCUUCAGAAUGGGCGGAUCAUCGUGGCAGAAGUUGUGCAAAGCGGGAGCCUGCCUGGUUGUCAGCGACGUCAGAUUCGCGAGGAGCACCUGCACCCAUUAAAGCUUCAGCCAUAAAUACUUUGACACCUCACCAUCCAUCUGCUCAGCAUGAGAGAGACGUAAAGGUGUCUGUACAUUGUGGGUUAUAUCAAAGUUAAACUGAUUUCCCCCACGCCGUGUUGGAACAGAAGGUGUAAAAAAAUAGCUGGUAGAUAUCCAGCCCAUGCUGCCUUUGGGUUUUUGUUCAUCUUUUUGCUUGCCAACAAGUGGUAUUCUAUGGUGCUAAAGCAUUUCAUUUUAUGACCAGCCUGACUCUAAUUCAGCCUUCGCUGUGUGGACUGAAAUCACUCUGCCUUUUUUUUGUGGGGGAAGCUAGGCGCCAAUCCAGGACUCUUUGUAACCCCCCACCCCCCACGACAGCGUUUUUGACAACUGGAGUAUUGCGUCACACCACUUUUGCCAACUUUGGAACAUUAAUGAUCUGUUUUAGCAUUUACUGUACAUAUGUCUCAUCAUCCACCCAGCUGAAGCUAAAGUCUGUAUUUUCUGCAGAGACGUGAGGCUGCAGUCACCACCAGCAGCAUGUGGGUGAAGACUGCAAACCGAAGGAGGCACGAUCAAGUCAUCAGUCAUCACAGUCAAGCAUGGAAAACUCCCAAACUUAAGAAAGAGUUAGAUGCAUUUUAUCAGCAAACUAGAAGUUUCCUUUGUUACAAAAACCAAGAUUUUUUUCCACUGUUAAAGAAGUUAAGAGACACAGAGAAACACUGAAGUUCUGGUCAGUUCUUUGCUGUCGUGAAUCAUUUUGCUGUGCAACUUGGACAUGAGGAUUUUGAACUGGGAUUGGUGUGGUGGGUGGAUGCCAUGCAGGAGAACUGCGUCUGCAUAGUAAGGUUAGACCAGGAACGUGCUCCUCUGGCUGUUUACUCGUUUGUUUUGUAUGUUUUUUUUUUAAGAGUCCUCCGAAGCUGCGACCUUAUUCCCAUCUUUGAGUACAAGGAGUUCCGAUUCCUUUUUAUAAUGCCUUGGCUUUCCAUGAACUCUCGAGGAGGGGGCUUGUUGAUCUGCGGAAUUUUAAAAGCUGUCGACCAUUUUUAGCCCCCUACUCCGCCCCGAGCUGUACAGUGUCUUGUUGGAACAAAUGUGAGUCUUCAUCACUCUGAUCUCUUGAGAUUUCAUGUGUUUGUCAGGUUUUUAUGACAGAAUGGCAAGAGAUUAUCAUUUAUUUUAGGCCUUGUCACCUGUUACUAUUAUAUCUAUGAUAAAUUGUCUUUUGCUACACUUGUGAAAAGAGCAUUUCUGUUGAUAUUUUUUGUUUUGAUAUUUAACAGAUUCCUGUGUAAUAGCGCAUUUAACUUGAUUUUAUUGCUGACUUAAGUCAGUUGAUUUAAUGUCAACUCUUUUUGAAUUGUGCAUCUUUUAAAGACUGUAUGGGCAUUGUCUUUUUGUUGCAAAGUGGUCACUAUGAUGCAUUUCAUAAGGAUAGUAUGCCAGCUAUUGUGUUUUUACGUUGUGUUUGUAGAGUAAUCCUAUAACAGUGUCAUUACACAGGAAUCAGGGUCUCGCUGUACCAUAAAAAAAAAGAUGAUAAACUGCAUAUCGGUAAUCUUCAGUGUAUUUUAAAGAUGGACAACAUGCCAGAAAAUAAAAAGAAAA